GCCCGAACAGCCGCUAAAAACAACCAAUCACAGGGCGCGGAACGUCCACGAAUCGGUCUCCGUCACAUCCGGUCACUCCAGGCGUUCAGUCUGGAAACAGAAAGCGAACAGAGGAUGCAGAAGACAGGUGGAAGAAGCUGAUUGGCUGUGGAGACACCUGAAGGAACCUGAAGACGUGGUCAUAAACAAAAGGCUGUCCCUGUGUCAGACGCACUGAGGUCCAGAGUCUCCAACGUUUCUGUGGUGCUGAUCCUCAGACUGACCUGUAGGAGGCGCUGCCAUGGCCUGUGCUGGAGUGCCACUGGAUGAGCAGCAGGUGACCGAGGCCGACCUGCUCGGAAAGGAGCGCACGCUGCCCGCCCUGCACCCGGACAGGAAGGAGGAGCGCUGCUUCCUGCCUUACAGACCCCCUCCAGAAAGCGGUUCCUCCGCCGCCGAGGUGGAGGAGUUCCUGGAACAUGCCAGGUUCAUGGUGGAGGAUCUGGAGUGGCUUCUGUCUCUGCCUCACGACAGGUUCUGGUGUCAGGUGGUGUUCGACGAGUCGCUGCAGCGGAGCCUGGACUCGUACCUUCAUCACGCUCCGCGCAGCAUCGACCUGAGCGGCGGCCCCGCCUCCACGGCCGUGGCUGAGGUGCAGCGUUCCCUCCACAAGGACGUCUUCCUCACCUUCGUCAGGAUGGCCACUCACAAGGAGUCCAAGGAGAAUUUUUUCACACCGGCCGUGUUUGGAGAAAUCAUCUAUGACAACUUCCUGUUCGACAUUCCGAAGAUCCUGGAUCUGUGCGUGCUGUUCGGGAAAGGGAACGGGCCGCUGCUGCAGAAGAUGAUACGGAACGUUUUCACGCAGCAGCCGUCCUACUACUCGGACCUGGACGCCACCAUCCCCACCGUGCUGCAGGUGUUUGACACCAUCCUGGGAAAGUGUGGUCUUCAGAGUGAAGGCGCCGCCGAGCCCGUCAAGCUGAACGCUCACCAGCGGGUCACCGCCGCCAGCAUGGAGCCGCAGGAACUGGCGGACAUCAUUUCGUACCUGUGCGACUCCUCCACCACCGUCCACGCCUUCCUGGACAUCUUCCCCGCAGCCUGCUCCAGCUUCCACGCCCACGGCUUCCUCAGCAGACUCAGCUCCUUCUACGAAAGCGGCGUGCCUGAGCUGGAGACGGCGGUGAGGAGGCGGAGCUUUGAGGACGAGAGCCUGCAGGGGGAGCUGUGGAGGAGGCUGAGUCACUCCUGCAGGAAGAUGCUGGAGACGGCUCACCUGCUGCUGCACCACACCUGCCUGCAGCCCAUCCUGGAGGGGAAGGAGAACAUGCAGACGUUUGCAGAGGAGCUGCUGCAGCAUUUCUCCUCCUUUCUGCCGGAGAAGCGGUUCCUGGUGGACUACGACGAGCAGUUUCCCAUCGCAGACGACAUCAGCCUCCUGCAGCAAGCCCUGCCGGACACAGAUGAAACCAGGACCUCCUACCUGCUGGGGGGGGUGCAGAGCGCGUGGGACAGCGUGGGCCGGCGUCAAGCUGAAGAUGACCGGGGAGCAGCAGGAGGCGCGGCUGCCGACCCCCCCAGGGAACCUGAAGAGGAGGAGCCGGGGGGAGCGGCAGCCCCGAUGGACACGCCCCUCAAAGGAAACGUGGCGGCGGCAGCGGCGUGCCCAGUGGGCGGGGCCGAGCUGGAGUCCCUCCUGUCCUGUAUCAGAGACCUCUUUCCUGACCUGGGGGAGGGCUUCCUGCUGGCCUGCCUGCACGAGUUCCACUACAACACCGAGCUGGUCAUCAACAACAUCCUGGAGGACCGCCUCCCUCCCGCCCUGAACCAGCUGGACCGGGCCACGCCCAGGCCGGUGAAGGAGGAGCUUCCAGCCGUCCUGAGCAGCAGGUCGAACGUCUUCGAUGACGACGAGUUCGACGUCUUCCGCAGGGAUCAGGUGGACAUGAGCCGAGUCUGGAAAGGCCGAAGGAAAGCGGAGAACGUCCGAGAGAUGCUGAACGACAAGCAGCACAUCGUCCAGCAGAGGGCGCGCUACCAGGCCUACGACACGGUGGUGGAGGAGGUGGACGUCCAGCCCGGAGACGCCGCCGCCGCGUACGGCCUGGACGAUUAUGACGAUGAGUACGACGACACGUACGACAUGAACCAAGUGGGAGCCAACGACCUGGACGGAGACAGCCUGCUCAGCAGGAGACCCUUCACGGUCCCGCAGGUCCUGAGGACCAGAACCAAACCAGAGGAGGAGGAGGACGAAGAGGAGGAGGAAGGAGGUUCCCAGAACCCGGCCAGCAGGGACCAGUUCGUGCAGGACCCGGCGCUCCUGCGGGAGAGGGCGGCGGCCCGGAGAGCGGCGCUGCAGCAGAGGAGAGGCGUCCCGCCGGAGCGCCCCAGUAACGUGGUGGGCCGGCCUAAAGGUCAAGGUCAGACCACAGAAACCUUUCUGGACAGACGCAAGAAGGAGAUGAACAAGAACCGCGUGGCCAACCACAACCGGCGCUCCAUGGCCGACCGCAAGAGAAACAAAGGCAUGAUUCCCUCCUGACCCAACAGAACCCGGUCCCAUGCAGGGUUCUGCAGAGACGGGCUCCUUCUUUCCAGUUGCUUUUACUUUCUAUUCUGGUGAAUUAACUGGAGUUUGGACCGAAGGGACGUUCGGUUCUGACGCUCGACCCGAACGGUCCGAAGACAAAGACGGACACCUUUAUUGUUGCCAAGUAACAAUGUGUUUAUUCCUGACUGCCCCGCCCACUGCUGCGGCUGCAGAGUCGUCACUGACUGCGCAGCUGCAGCUGCAUCCUGAAGGAGGUGAUGACUGAGCGCUGAAGUGGGAGGGGCCUGCGCUGCCAUGCACAGAAGUUUCUAAUCCAGAGAUCAGAUCUAUCAGCAUUUUCUACAGAAAAAUGCAAGAACAUUUUCAAAUAAAUAAUAAUUUAACA